AUGGCUAAACGCAAAGUAGCCUCACCUAGCGAGGAUGAAAACGAACAGGAGUACUCCAAAAGCGAAAGUAGCUCUGAGGAGGAGGCGAAGCCGCUAGCCAAGAGGGCUAAACCUAGCAAAUAUGCCCCCGCGAGGAAAUGCAAGAAAGCGGAUCCUGAGUCCUCGGGAGGACAGGAUGAUGAUGAGGGGGAUGAAGUUCAAGUUCACAUGACUAAAGACGGUGAACAGUAUGUGGACCUCGGGAAGAAGAAACGCGCCACAGUGAGAUCUUUCAAAGGUCAAGUUUAUGUUGAUAUCAGAGAGUUCUACGGGGAGGAUGGAGAUGAGAAACCCGGAAAAAAGGGCGUCUCCUUGAAUCUUGAGCAGUGGGAGACUCUGAAGAAGAGCAUUGAGACCAUCGAUCGCUUAUCCCGACAACAACCAUCAAAGCGCAAAAAGUGA